UUGUUUUGCUUUUGCACGUUUUUAUUCCUUUGAAAUUCUCUCGCAUAAACAAAACUAUUUUUAAAUCAAAUUGCCCAAACAAUUAAACGAGGCUAACGAAUCAACAUCUUAACGCCGACUAUUUCAUCGAACGGUGGCAGUAAAGUGUCUGUCAGAGUGCGUGUGGUUGCGGUUGGGAAAAGACGUGCCAUGGCGGGCAAUUAAAUUAAUUAAACAAAAAAAUAGAGUGUGUAUAUAGCCUAAGAGAUCUAAAAGGUGUGCCAAAGAAUUCGGAAAGGGUCAUGUGUAAACUAGUGAUUGGAAUGCAUUGUAAAUCUGAUUAACAAGUAAUUUGGCGGCCAGGACAAGGACAUGCAGAGCCAAAGAGGAAAUGAAAUAGAGGCCAACUAGGCUGUGCUAAUGGCCCCAAAAAGGACAACAUAUAAUCGCUGACAUUUUAAUUAAUCACACUUUCGCACAGACGAAAAAUAUUGCGCAUAAAAUCUGAACAAUGGACUGAUGCGAACAGUUGUUGUCGAUGUCUGCCAAAAAAACAAGAAGCCGCUGCAUGCAACAUCCCAGCAUCCCAGCGGUAGCAACAAUCGAAUUGAGCAAUUUGCUAGUUUAUGUUAUUACGUAUACGUGAUAUUAAAAAUAAAGUAGUACGAGGGCCCAGCAAAAAAACCAACAGAGCAGAGUCUGUUGGCAACGACUGAGUCGGUAAAAGGUUGCUGCAGCAGCAGGAUGAAUAAACGCACCGUCAUUAUUGUGGGCAUUGUUGCCACUCUUCUAGGCCUCGUGCUGGGGGCAAAUUUCUACUUCAUGUACUAUCUGAAUAUCGAGGAGAGCCAAUUGGCCAGUGUUCGAGCCUUGGAGAACAUGAUACGUCACAAGAUGCGUCAUCUCAAACCGGCCUAUUUGAAUCGAAAUCCUCGUUUCUUUAUGUUUCGCAAUAAACUGCUAAAAAAUUAUAAAUUUGCCACAUAUGAGAAUGCCAGUGUUCUCUGGGAUAUAGCCAAUUGGUGGCCACACGAGAAUGAAAUCUAUCCACUCUAUGAUUCAUCAAUGGGCCAGCUUUUGGAGACAUUGCGACGUGAGCCUAUUACCCGCGUCAACAAUUUGGCAAAGGGCACCCAACUGAAGCUGCUAAUGCGCUUAUCACACAAGCAAAAGGUAAUCUUCAAGCCCCAAUGGUAUCCCCGAGAUGAAGUCAUUGAGGGAGCUGUCUAUAGUGGUAAAGAUCGGCAUGCAGCCGAGGUGUACGCCUUCUAUUUGGGGGCUGUUCUUGAUCUUCGCUGGACACCGAUAGUUGUGGGUCGUGUGGUCAACCUUAAAAGGGAGAUCUAUGCCAAUGGGGAUGAGGAACUGCAGAACACCAUAAAGAUCGAAACGGAUGAGGAUGGUAACGAAAAAUAUUGCCUAUACGGCAAAUGUCACUACUGCAACGAAGAAGAGACGGUGUGUGGGGACAGAAGGCACAAUAUUGAAGGAGUAAUGAUUUAUAUUGUGCCAGGAACGCUAGCCAAACGACGAUCGCCCUGGCAGCGAACUUACAAAGACGAACGGAGAGCGGUUUGGGAGGACGAUAUGAGUUACUGCAAAUCUUUAAAGAACAAAAUGGAAACAAUGCGUUUGCUUGACCUCAUCGAUGUGGCCAUCUUUGACUAUCUCCUGCAAAACGGAGAUCGUCAUCAUUAUGAGACCCGCGAGGAGCGUGUAGUCCUCAUAGACAAUGGCAAGUCCUUUGGCAAUCCCAAUAAAGAUCAUCUGGACAUACUGGCGCCCCUUUAUCAGUGCUGUCUUCUACGGAAAAGCACCUGGGAUCGUUUGCAAGUAUUUUCUGGUGGUGUACUAACCGAAAUCAUUGAUCGUCUAUCCAAAAGCGAUGCAUUAUAUCCACUUAUCACCGACAAACAUAAACGUGGAGUGGAACGCAGACUUCUGGUGAUCUAUGCCGUGGUGGAGUAUUGCAUGGACAAGGAAGGUGACAAGAUGCUAAAAACUCUAUAGAUGUGGCCUCAAUUAAAUUAAGAUACUCCUAGGUUGUUGUUACUUCUAAGCCAAUUAAACCAUUAUCGUGGUUUGUUAGUAUUUCUGCAUAUUAAUAGGUACAUAUCUAAGUUUUCCCUGACUAAAAGUUAUGCAAGGGCAUCUAGUUAAUUUAAUAUUAAUCAGUCAAUGCUCGAAUGGCUCAAACCCAUUCUCCAUAAAUAUAAACUUAGAAAAUUGUUGUUUUUUAUAGAUAAUAUAUUUUAGAAAAAUGAAUUCAAUACAUUUUAACUACAACAUGAA